AUGUCCCAGUCCCGUGAGUUGGACGAGGAUACCGACAUGGCCAUUUCAUAUGCAAGCCGGCCCCCGGCUGGUCAUUCUCAACAACUCCCAUCAUUCCGCGAGCUUCUCCCACCUCACUUACACGACGAGAUCGACUCUUCCUCAUACUAUAAUUCUCGACCCCAAUCACAAGACCGUCCUGGAUCCGGACAUGGUCACGAAAUCGCCGAUCCUCGCUCUAUCCCUGGCUACCCCACAAACCAGUCACCAAAAGCACCUUACGGAGAACUACCCCACGAAUACACCACCCGUACAGGCGAACACCCACGGCCCAUGGGAGAUCACUUAAACAUGCGGCUCGAGAACUCCGCACGAGGACCCAGUCCCAUUCUCCCGCCGAUCCGAGACUUGGGAUCCAUGCCAGAUCGAAAGGGUUACCAGGACAGCAGGAUGGCGCCGCGUUCUGAUCCCUAUGCGCAUGAGUACCGGCAAGCUGCCAUGCCCGCGCAGAUGAUGGACCGAAGACCCGAACAGUACAGUGCAAAUAUGAUACAUGGCCACGUGCCAUAUGGACACCCGAUGGGAUUCCCGGAGGAGCAGAUGUCGCCUGCGAUGAUGGGACAUCCUCAGGCCAAUUUCGGAGUUAUGGGAGACCAGAUUGAUCCCAAGAGUAAACGGCGUCGGGGAAACUUACCCAAGCCUGUUACUGAUAUCUUGCGUACCUGGUUCCAUGAUCAUUUGGAUCAUCCUUAUCCUAGCGAAGAAGAUAAGCAGCAGUUCAUGACUCGGACUGGUCUUUCAAUAAGCCAGAUUAGCAAUUGGUUCAUCAAUGCCCGGCGGCGACAACUCCCUGCUUUGCGCAACCAGAUGCGAGGCGGAGGUGACGAUUCGCGGCAUUCGCCCUUUAGCGAUGUCGAAGGGGUCUGA